UUGUUUGUAAACUUAGUUUCAUUCACACAUUUCAGCCGCAUUUGGUUUUGCUUUUAAUUUAACGUGCUACAACAUGCUGCGUUUAUUAUCUUUAAAUUAGUAUAAUAAUUUUUGUUAUGAGUGACCUUUUAGAAAAAUUUUGUAAAAAUAUUUUCUUUCUCAAAACAGAUUGCAAUUGUUUUUUAUGCUCUGUGAUAGAUUGUUCAAUUGAUAAACAGUUAAUAAAGGGUCUGGGACAGCAUUAAUUCAUUAUGAAUUAUAUUUAAUUAUUUGCUUCUAUAACUCUAUCAGUUUACAGUUAUUUUGGAGAGUUUAAAAAUGUUUCGAAGACGAAGGACCAAUAAAAUGUUAAGUGCAGACGAAUUAAAGACGAAACUUUAUUCGCAUUUAGAUACAACUGGAUCUCUUAAUCGAAUGCGUAUUGAACUCAGAGAAAAAUUAAUCUCUGAACUUUUAAAAAAGACAUCCCCCGCCGAAACUGCAGAUGUCAGUGGAACUGUAUAUACCUUUGAUCGAACAGUUUUGCCGUUGCAGAUUAGCAAUUGGCUGGUAUAUGAUCAUUUGCUGAGACAAGGCUACCAGUAUGCUCUGUCCAUCUUCGUCACUGAGGCAAAUUUUCCAGCGCAUCCUGAAAAACUCUUAGCAGCUUGUGAUAUAUUGAUUCUUUUGGGUUUAGAUAGUUCUUCUUCGGAAUACAAAAAUAUAAGCCAAAUGUGUUCAACCGGCAAUACUCAUUUUACUCAUUCCUUAUUAGUUGCUGUAAUUAAGUGCCUUUUUGACUUAACAACAAGGGAAGGUAGAUUUUCAGAAACAAAAGAACAAAGUGAAACACAAGAGGAAAGUGGCCAUAAAAUAGUAGCACAUGAAAGAAAUUUGGAUCCAGAAUCAUCCGAGUUGAAAGAAUCUGAUAAAUUUCUUAAGCUAAAAAAGGAGUCUAUAGAUUUAAGUCUGCAUGAUCAGGUUUUAUUUAUAAAAGAAGAAAAAGAGAAAGAAGUUCAGCAGUUACGACAUAAAUUGUUACAAGAAUUAGAUCGUUUACAUGCUCAGGAACGUCAACAGCAGUUAGAAAUUGAACAGCUGAAGAGUGAGCUCCGAAGAGAAAAAAAUGAUUUGUUUAGUGAGAAUGAAAAAUUAAGACAAAAAGAGUUUCUUAUGGACAAAGAAUAUGAAUAUAAACUCGAACAGAAAAUAAGAGAACUUGAAACAGAUUUUAUUGCUAAAAUACAUGCGAAGGAGAAAGAGCUAGAUAUUUUUCAACAAAAAUUACAUGAAAAAGAACAAAAGUUAACUCUCCUCGAGAUGAAUAUAUCAAAUCAGAAGGAAAGUUACAUUUCUUUAAAAAAAGAAUUGGAAGAUAUGAAGCAGAUACACACAAUUCUCCAAACUAAAUAUUCAAAUCUUUUAGAUGAAAACACCAGUCUUCUGAAGAAAUUUGAAUCCAUGUCUGACUAUGCAGUAUUAAAAGGCGAUUUAGAAACAAAGUCAAAAGAAUUAAAAAAUUUGCAGCAAGAGUUUGAAGAAUAUCAUAAACAGGCUGAAAAAGGAAAAGAGUCUUUGCAUGAAAAUUUACAAAAACUUGAUACAAAAUUGCGGAUUAAAGAAACCGAGUUAGUAGAAACUCAAAGACAAUUGAAUUUAGCUCGAGAUACCUUGCAUAUUGAAGAAGCUGUAUGGCACAAAGAAAGGAGGAAAUUAGAACAAGAAGUAAUUUCAUCUAGAGAAAUGUAUCAAACUUUAAUACAGAGAAUUGAAGAGCAGAAGGAAGAUAUACAAGCUUUACAUCGCACAAUCCACAUACUCCAUUAUCAACUCUCGGACAAAAGUGCUAGAAACACAGCAAGAGUUGAACCAAUCAUAUCAAAUAAAUCAUCAUUUAAAGUACCUGACAUAUCAAGAAAAGAACCUGAUUUUUUUAGAAUGAAUAGAGGAACUGAUAAUUCUCCCACAAAAUAUCGACAGAAAUCUUUAAAAUUUAUUGAAGAGGCUAAAGACCGAAUAAGUAAGCUUCAACAAGAAGCUGAUGCUUUACAGUAUAAAAGUUCUGUUGUGUAUAGUUCUGCACCAAAAGCGACCCCUCAUGCCACUUCCAAUCCAUUGCAAUUGAAUUUAACUGAACAGAGAUUACAACCAUCUACCUAUCGUUCAAUAAAACCAUUUGUUUCCGAAAUGCCUUUUCCUAGUUUUGAAAAUUUGAUUCGUAAUGAAUUACCAACUUUAGAUUUAAGUUUUCCUACUCACAAUAAGAACCAUUUAGCAUAUUCAUAUACGAAUGCUUAUAAAUCUGAAUCAUCUGUUAGUGCACAUGCAACUGCAGAUGAUAGGAAGCUAUCUGAUGAUUUGAAUAAGAGCUUAAAACAUUCUCAAAAUGUGAGUGAAAAUUUAAAUGCAUCUUUCACUCUUUCUUCUGAUAUUUCUUCAUCAAAAAAGAAUCACCAGAAGAUAAACAAUGGACUUUUUAAAGUGGACAGAGAAAGUGAAGCAACUAAACAAUAUGAUUUAAAUAAAAGUAAUAAUUCUCAAAUGCUACCUAUUGAAUCAGAUUUGAAAGAAUCUUCAUCAAACAACACAAAUAUCUCAGUAACUGUGCCUUCUAACGUUCAAGAAAAUGAAAAUUAUGUAAUAAAAAACGAUGGCAAUAAACUAUCAGAAAAAUAUGGCGAGAACAUUCAAAAUUUGCCAAAAGUUUCUUUACAAGAAAUUGCAGUUCCAACUCAUGAUAGACCUUUGAUUAAAAACUUAAAUGAAGGUAAAGAAAGUAAAGCAGAUGUGCCUGUAGAAAUAGUGAAGGAAAACAAAGUCUCAGAAUCUGAUGUUGAAAAAUCAAUAUCAGGAUUUCAGCAGGUAACUGAAACUCCACUUAUAAUUGAUCUUGAUGCAGCGUGGAAAAGAAAAUCUUCUUUGAAGUCAUCCACUCUAACUUCUCCUUUUAGUAAACUACCAAUAGAAAUAACAUCUAAGGAAAUCACUCAAGCAGAGUCUAGUCAACUUCAAAAUGUGGAGCAUGAUCUUUUUGUAAGCUCCUCCAGCAAAAGCAACUUGUGUGAAAAUUUUAAUGUUGAUUUGAGUCAUGUAGGGGGACAGCAGAGUAUAGAACAACAAAGAAAUCAUCAAGAAUCAAAGGGUGGAGAUUCUGAAAAUUCUAAAGAAAUCGAGUUCUAUCAUAGAAUAGAACCACAAAAUAAUAGUGAAGUUAAGAAAUUGCAAGAAAUUGAGCCUCAAGGGCUUACUGAAAGGGCUUUCCCUGAAGAAGCAGGAACUGUCAGUGCUGACAUAUCAAAAUCUAUAGAUUCGGCUGAUGCACAGAAAAAGGCCUUAAAUGAUCAAAAACCGGUUCAUGAAGAUUCUCUAAGUGAGCUUAGUGAAAUCCAUUUGUCUUGUGGAAGUGAACAAGAGCAGCAGAAAGAAGAUUCUGAUAAUUGGUAAGACAAUAUGUUUUAUUUAACGAAUUAACAUAUAAACUGUUAAAAUUUCCUCCAAAUAAUAUUAUUUAAAUUUUG